AAAAAAAAAGUGUUGCAAAUCCGGACUUUUGGGGUUUUAAAAACAUGGGUUAUUGGGUUUGUCGCUUCCUUUAUUUUGGGCUCUUGGAGAGUUGGAGGAUAGUGAGCGGCGAGCCCUUCCUAUGAGAACGAAAAAGCAUUUAUUUUGGAUCAGUUUUCUGGCUUGAAUUGUAUACACACUUUCGGAAAGACGGUUUCUCGGCCUUCAACUCCGGGUUUCUGAAUUGUUGAAGCUUCAGCAACGGCUUUAUCUCUCUCUUCUUUUUGAGCAUUUUCUAGAAAUACUGGUUUUUCUUCCUUCUUCCUUUUCGUCAGAAUCUGUUGAAUGAAACGGGAAAAAUGCAGAUUUCGAUUUAUACAUUUCUGGGUAGAGCUGAAAUGAUUGAUUUUCUGCUCGCUACUAACGGGAAUCUUUUUUCCUUUGUUUUUUUUUUGGUGCCGAAGGCCUUCUUUAAGUUAGGUUCAUUACUUUGUAGGUUAAGAAACCAUGAAGUUCAGGACUUUCUUCAGGUUGGGUUCGUUAAUUUGCAUCUCGAAACUGUGAGAUAUUUCUAGAAUUUGAUGUUUUCUGAACUGUUGCAAUCCUUUUAAGGGCAAGUUCGUUGAUUUGAAGCUUGUAAUUUUUAGAAAUCCAUAUGAAUUUUUUGAUGUUCUGUGAACUGUUGAAGAACUUCUUGUGGUACUAAACUUGGGUUCUCGUUGUUAUGUGUUGCUUUUCCCUCCAUGGACAAGAGAAACUCUAACGCAUGCUUUAACAGCAGAAGCUCGGCAAAACUGACUCUGUUUCUCCCCUGCUUUUUCUGUGUCAUCCAAUGCCGAGAAGUCAUGACAGAGCACAUCUUGACAGAGUCUCCAACUCCUCCACAGUUUCCCACAUACAGGAAUGGCGUUCGGAGGAUUAUGUUGGGCAUUGUGUUAGGAACUCUCACCGGAUUAAUUUGUGCCAUCAUUUCUGCUUGCAUAGUCCGACUCGUUAUCAAGUACUUAAACAGAACUCCAAUCCUUAAAGGCCCCGUUGUCUUCUCCUCCAAAAUCGAUCCUAAAACACUUCAAUCGGCCCUCUCGAAGGAAAAUCAGUUACUCGGGUCGAGCCCAAAUGGGAAGUAUUACAGAACUGUUCUUUAUAAUGGGUUAGCGGUUGCUCUUAAAAGGCUUGAGCCCCUUGAAACCGGUUCUCCGGAGACUCAGAACAAGUCGGUCAAGAGAGGGAUACAGCAGGAGUUGGAAACGUUAGCUACCAUAAGGCAUCGGAAUCUGAUGACCUUACGGGCUUAUGUUCGGGAACACAGUCGGUUUUCUCUGGUUUAUGAUUACAUGACUAAUGGCAGCCUUGAAGAUGCAAUGAACAGAGUCCGGGAGAACCAGCUCCAGCUUGGUUGGGAAAUCCGACAUCACAUUGCAGUCGGGGUGAUUAAGGGUCUAAGUUAUCUCCACUUCAGUUGCAACCCGAGAAUUCUGCACUACAAUCUCAAGCCUACAAAUAUAAUGUUAGAUGCAGACUUUGAGCCAAGACUGGCAGAUUGUGGGUUGGCUAAGCUUUUACCUAAUUUGGACCGAGCAGCAUCUAGCUAUACUGCUCCAGAAUGUUUCCAGAGCUGCAGGUACACUGAUAAGAGUGAUGUCUUCAGUUUUGGGAUGAUUUUGACUAUUCUGCUGACUGGGAGAGACCCUAUGGAUCCAUUCUUUGGGGAAGCAGCAAGUGGGGGGAGUUUGGUGCGCUGGCUUCGGCAUUUGCAACAAGCAGGGGAGACACGAGAAGCACUAGACAAGAGCAUUCUAGGGGAAGAAGGAGAGGAGGAUGAAAUGCUGAUGGCAGUGAGAAUCGCUGUUGCAUGCCUGUCAGAUUUGCCUGCUGAUCGGCCUUCUAGUGAUGAGCUUGUACCCAUGCUCACGCAGCUGCAUAGUUUUUGAAGGGGAAAUACAUGUAAAAUGUAUAAAAACUAUUGAACCCCGGAGCCCUUUACAACUCCAGAAUUUGGAAGUUCGGUAUUGCUGGGUUGUGGUUUACAGGGUCUUGAUCUGCAUCUCCUAUAAAAUGUGAAGAAUUUUUCUCUUAGUGGGAAUUAUGCCUUUUGUUAUUCUCUUCUCAGGAAAGCCAGAACCUAGCUUCUUUACGCAAACUAUGUCUGCACCUCAAAACAAGGUACUUGAGUGUAGUCUUAAAAAGAUAUAGACAUUUUCUGGAAGCUCGAAGUUCAAGAUUAGAUGGGGCCUGUUUUGAGCGCUAGUUUAGAUGGUUUUCUGUUAUGUUUUUUUUUCCAAUCUGGUCUGGUCUGCUUGUAGCCUGUGUUUCUGUUAGGAUGAAAUGGGGCCUCAUUACUCAUUAGGUUAUAGAUAAAAUACAUUUUUUUAAGUCUGUUGUACUUGUACUUUUGGGAAGAAUUGUCUGUGGUAAAUCCCUUGAAAAUGAGGACUAUAAGGGUCUGAAAGACUGAAACCAAUGCAGCAGGGUUUACGCUAGCACCUAGCGGCAGCGGCAGCGGCAGCCUAAAUGUGGUCUCAGGCCCGUCAGAAUUCACAAGACCGUCAGCUUGCUCAGUAGCAUAAAAAAUUAUAUAAAUGAGCUGCAACUUCAAAUUUUGCUUUGGUUAUGGCCGUUGGUCAAUGAAAGAGAAAUUUGCAGAUGAAGGAAGUUAAGAUUUUCCACGAGAAGGGUAACAGUUACACGACGACAGGGAUGGUGCAUCGAGUUUUCGUUCUGCAUUUCACCCUUUUCAUUAUUUGGGUCAUCAAUUCAGUGCAAGCAUGCAAGUGAUUGGAUGGUGAAUGCAGAUUUUUUGUCUGAUCUGUAUAAGGAUAAGGAGGCUAGGGCAAUCUUGAUUGAUAACCAUGGUUUUAACUUUUAAGUUCAA